AUGGGUCUUCCACACGAGGAUCCGCAACAACAUAUUCUGAACUUCUUGAAGAUUAGUGAUACUUACAUCACUAACGGGGUCACUCCAGAUUAUGUGAGGCUUACACUUUUUCCAUUCUCUUUGUUGGGCGAGGCGAAGCGAUGGCUAAAAGCAGAACCAGCUAAUUCAAUUACAUCAUGGAACAAUUUGGCAAGAAAAUUCAUGGCAAGGUUUUUCCCUUCAGGCAAAACUGCAAAGAUCAGAAGUGAGAUAGUUGCCUUCAAACAAAAAGCGGGAGAAUCUUUAUACUCAGCUUGGGAAAGGUUCAAGGGGAUACUCAGAGACUAUCCUCAUCACAAUCAAAUGAAUGAAGUGUUAGCUCACACUUUCAUAGAAGGGCUACAUGCUGAAAUAAAGAUCGUGGUAGAUGCUGCAGCUGGGGGUCAAAGCAAUCCGGAUUGGCAAGGAGAGAUGGGUAGACACACAGUGCAAAAGUUUGUAGGGGUUCUUGAGUUAGAUGUCGUCUCAGCAUUAUCACCGCAGAUUUCUAUACUGACCAAUCAAGUCAACCAGAUGAACUUGAGUAUCAACAAGCAACAGGUACAACAGGUUCAAGCUUUUUGUGAAAUAUGUGGAGAGGGUCACACGAGUGACAUAUGCCCCGCAAACCCAGAGUCUGGCACUCAGAAUCAAUACAGGUCUCAAGCACCUCAACAGAAAUAUAGACCACCUCAGGUUGAACAACAAGCGAGUCCUACAAGUCACCUUGAAGACAUGUUGAAAAAAGUGAUGGCCGAACAACAAGCCCUCUCUCAAAAAGUGAUGGAUGAACAGCAAGCCCUCGCCAUAAUAGUGAGAAAUUUAGAGCGUCAAAUGGGACAGCUUGCCAGUGCUCAAAACACUAGACCAUCUGGAGCACUUCCAAGUGAUACUGAGCCCAAUCCUAAAGCUCAAGUCAAUGCGGUUACCUUGAGAAAUGGAAGAGCACUAGAAAAAGUUCCAAAGAAAAAGAAGAAUACAGAUCAUCCUGAAGGAGAAUUAGCUCCCAAGCCAGUUGAGGGGAAUGAGAAAGAUGAUAAAGGACCCAAGUCAGUAAUUGAGACUAGGCCACCACCUCCAUUCCCUCAAAGAUUGCAGAAAUUAAGAGACAAUGCUGCAUAUAAAACGUUUCUUGAUAUCUUGAGGCAGGUGCAGAUUAAUAUUCCAUUGGUUGACAUCUUACAAGAAGUACCCAAAUAUGCAAAGUACAUCAAGGAUAUUGUGGCAAAUAAAAGGAGGCUAACCGAGUUCGAGACAGUGGCACUCAUUGAGGAGUGCAGUUCCAAAAUUCAAUGUAAGUUACCUCAGAUAUUGAAGGAUCUGGGUAGUUUCACUAUCCAAAUUUCGAUUGGUAAACAUGCUGUUGGGCGAGCUUUAUGUGAUCUUGGAGCCAGCAUCAAUUUGAUGCCGCUAUCUAUGUUCAGACAGUUAGGGUUGGGUGAGCCACGCCCAAUAACAGUUAUCUUACAGUUAGCUGAUCGCUCCCCUGCUCAUCUUGAGGGAGUGAUUGAAACUUGUUGCUCCCAAACGACUGGGGUUUCCUCUAGUUGGGAUCGCUCCCUUGCAAGUGGGUUCCUUCAUAUUCCUUGCCGAUUUCAUUAUCUUGGAUUAUGA